AUGUUGGCGUUUGUAAAGUUUGACCAAAAUGAUGGAGGAGAACUACCCCCCCACGUGGAGCAGAGGAACGGCCAGCUUCAUUUCACCAAAGUCACCCGCAGCGACGCUGGCAACUACACCUGCAUCGCCUCCAACCGCCUGCAGGGGGAGAUCCGAGCCCUGGUGUCCCUCACUGUGGCCGUGUACAUUCGCUUCAAGGUGGAGCCGGAAAACACGACCGUGUACCAGGGCCACACAGCCGUGCUGCACUGCCAGGCCACCGGCGACCCCGAGCCUCACAUCCACUGGAUGGUUAAAGACAAGGCGCUGGACACCCGAAAGAAGAGGAGUUUCCAGAAGAUGCCGAACGGCUCUUUGAUCAUCACCGAUGUCACCACAGACGACACGGGUCGCUACACGUGUGUGGCCGGAAACAGCUGCAGCAUCAAAGACCGAGUGGCUCAGCUGUACGUCGUGGACAAACCAGCGCAGAUCCUUCCUGAUGACGGAGAGGACCGGGCUCCCUACAAGAUGAUCCAGACCAUCGGCCUGUCGGUGGGGGCGGCUGUGGCUUACAUCAUCGUGGUGCUGGGGCUCAUGUUCUACUGCAAGAAGAGACGCAACGCCAAGAGGCUGCAGAAGGGCCAGGACGGAGAGGAGCCUGAGAUGGAGCAUCUGAACGGAGACGCUGUCCAACAAAAUGGCCACGCCACAGCCGAGAUCCAGGAGGAGGUGGCGCUCACCAACAUGGGCACCGUCACGACGGCCGAGAAACGCCACAGCAGCGCCAACGACAAGCUCCACUUUCCCCGGGCCAACCUCCAAACCAUCACCACUCUGGGUAAAGGGGAGUUCGGCGAGGUGCUGCUGUCCAAAGCGAAGGGUAUCGAAGAGAGCGAUGUGGAGACGGUGGUGCUGGUGAAGAGUCUGCAGUCCAGAGACGAGCAGCUUCAGCUCGACUUCCGCCGCGAAGCUGAGAUGUUCGCCAAGCUCAGCCACCCCAACGUGGUCCGGUUGUUGGGCCUCUGCAAGGAGGCGGAGCCACACUACAUGAUCUUGGAGUACUACGACCUGGGAGAUCUGAAGCAGUUCCUGAGAAUUUCCAAAAGCAAAGAUGACAAAGUCAAAUCUCAACCAAUCAGCACCAAGACCAAAGUGUCCAUCUGCACCCAGGUGGCCCGUGGCAUGGAGCACCUGUCCAACUACCGCUUUGUCCACAAAGACCUCGCUGCUCGAAACUGUUUGAUCAACAAUCAGAGGCGCGUCAAAGUGUCUUCACUCAGUCUCAGCAAGGACGUCUACAACAGUGAGUACUUCCACUACCGACAGGCGUGGAUUCCUCUGCGCUGGCUCCCGACAGAGUCCGUGUUCGAGGACGACUUCUCCACCAAGUCGGACAUGUGGGCUUUUGGAGUGCUGAUGUGGGAGGUGUUCAGUCUCGGAGAAAUGCCGUACGCCGAUCUCAGCGACGACGAGGUGCUGGAAGGUCUGAAGACGUGGAAACUGAAGCUUCCUGUUCCGGACGGAUGCCCCUCCAAAAUCUACAAACUGAUGGCGCGCUGCUGGGCGCUCGGCCUCAAGGAGCGGCCGUCUUUCACCGACGUCGUCCACGCGCUGGGAGAGCUCCCCUCCGACAGCAAAGUCUGAGGUGAUCGGGACCCGAACACGAACGCUGGCGUCUCGCUCGUUUCAGGGAACGGGCGGAGAGGAAACUUUUUUUAUGCAUUUCAGUUCAGAGCGAGCUGGACCUUUAGUGGAAACGUGCUCGCACCGGCGCCACGGACGGACCCGCAUCUUCGUUCCACUGUCGGUGGCGGCUCCGCCUCGCUUCGUGAACCUCACAACCUCAGUGCCUGAAGCCUUUCAUCUCACAACCGUUCUGCGGGGCUUAUGGGUAAAAAGCGAACCGCUCUGCCCCUGAGAGGACCGUUAGUCCCCUACGCUCCUAAAACACUCGUUUUCCUCCAAGCAGCAGCAGAACGGGGUUUGCAUGAAGGUUUGCCGUCUUGUUACCCGUUAAUAUGCGACACGCAGAAGCUAAUCCACUUCAGGAACAAGAACAAUCACAUUUUAUAGCCAAGGAAUUUACUGAACGAGUGACUUUUUGCUCUAUACGUUAUUUUUUAUACACAUUUUGUUCUUGUAUUAACUUUAAGGUGCUUUUGUUGGCUCUACACAUGGCAAGGAAUGCCCAUCAUGUUAAAGGAUAUUUUGAAUAUUAUAAAGCAAAGGGUAAAGAACGAGUAUCUUACCUGUUGCAGAUAGCUCUUUAAACAGCCAAGAGUUCAAGACAAAAGACGCAGAAUGCAGCUACGACCAAAAUGGAUAUACAUUUUAAAUAAAACGAAUAUUCGACCAACGUGGAGUUGACGACAAGACGCUCGGAUUCUGACAAACACCGAGCUCACCCGUAACCAUAGUUUCUACUUUAGAAUCCUUUCAAAAUAAAUGUCCUAAUGUCAAACUGGCAGGAAGAGGCUGGGGGCGCUUUGAGUCGUUUCUUGGGUGGAGGAUGAGCGGUAGGCGUUCUGUCAAAAUAAAAGCACAGUUGGGACACGAACUGUGUUUAUUUGUAAGAGCAAAUCGUUCUAGCGUCACUUCUGGUGCGCCCGCCGCCAUCUUGGCUUGAAUUCCACAACACCGAAGAUAAAAAUAUUAAUUUCACACGAGAUUU